GACGGCUCCGACUCUCCAUCCAUCGCGUCGCCGAUCUCCUUCCUCUCCUCCGAGCAUAAUGCCGCUUCUACUUCAGAGUCGAAGCCACUUGAUGAUCCCUCGAUCCCUUCUACUGUCCGUGGGAAUCGACCUUCUACGCCUGCCAGGCAUUUGAAUGAGACAUGCACGGCGAACAUCUGGAGGUCGCUGCAUUGGCUGAGACUGGGAACAGGCUUUCCGAGUAAUGAUGUCAUUCUAUGAUAUCUUCGACCAGCGUUAGUUGCCUUUAAGUGGACAACGAUCCUACUUCCUGUCUUCGCAGAUACAGUGAAUCAUAGACACAAGCAUCAGAACGAGGAACGCCGGGCUCCCCUCCAUUUAUUUCUAUUUUUUUUUUAUAUCUUUUCGGAUCGCUAAAGGUCUGAGCUCGCUCCGCGCCAUCGGCCCAUCGACGACAAGGAGGAACGAAGAAGAAGAAGAGAUCCGGUAGUCGAUCAGAUCCCAUCGGCCAUGAGCCUCUUCGGUCUCGGAAGGAACCAACGGACUUUUAGACCAAAGAAGAGUGCUCCUUCAGGGAGUAAGGGAGCCCAACUCAGGAAACACAUUGAUGCAACAUUAGGCAGUGGGAACCUCAGGGAAGCAGUGAGGCUUCCACCUGGGGAAGAUUUUAAUGAGUGGCUUGCUGUCAACACUGUGGAUUUCUUCAAUCAAGUGAAUUUGCUUUAUGGCACUCUGACAGAAUUCUGUACAGCAGAGAAUUGUCCUACAAUGACUGCAGGGCCAAAGUACGAAUAUAGAUGGGCGGAUGGUGUGCAAAUAAAGAAACCUAUUGAAGUCUCAGCGGCAAAGUAUGUUGAGUACCUGAUGGAGUGGAUUGAAGUUCAGCUCGACGAUGAAUCAAUUUUCCCUCAAAAGCUCGGAACGCCUUUCCCUGCGAACUUCAAAGACGUCGUGAAGACAAUAUUCAAGCGGUUGUUCCGUGUUUACGCACACAUUUAUCACUCUCAUUUCCAGAAGAUUGUGAGCCUCAAGGAAGAAGCACAUCUUAACACCUGCUUCAAGCAUUUCAUUCUUUUCACUUAUGAGUUUGGGUUGAUCGACAAGAAGGAACUCGCCCCGCUGCAGGAGCUGAUUGAGUCCAUCGUUCUAUAAGUUUGUUGCUAAUCUAAAGCACUUAAAUGAUCUUUCAGGUAAUCAAUCUUAUUUCACUGCUAAGUUUCUCUCGAGUGGCUUGUAUGUUGAUGAUGCAUUGUUUAUUACACAUAAUUAAUGAGUAAAUAUUAAUAUAAUUUUGUGUGA